AUGUUUGUACUCUCUCUCCUUGAAUCCGCUGCCGGCGAAGUAGUGAGUAAGGUGACUUCACUCGCUACUGAUCAAUUGAGACUCGAUAUCGUCUGGGGGUUCCGCGAAGAGAUAAAUAAGCUCAAAGAAUCCUCAACUCUGAUUGGAAAUAUAAUCCAUGAUGCUGCUCAUGAACCUGAAGAUCGGAAACUACGGGCAAGGGCCGAUUGGAUGAAGAGGCUUAUAAGCGUAGCUUAUAAUGCAGACGAUAUUCUGGAUGAAAUAGAAUAUGAAGUUCAGCGUAUCGUUAUAAAGGAGACCAGCCUGGAUAAGAAGAUACUCGGCUUCUUCUGCAACAAUCCUGUUUUAUUUCGUCUCAAGAUGGCACGCAAGAUUAACAACAUCAACACAUCCUUGGAUGAUCUCUACAAGCAUGCAGCCAGUGUGGGACUCGGCAUGACAAGGAGAUCAAAUGGAGGUGCAGCAGCAAGUAAAGAUAAGUGGGAAACAACCUCAUUCGUUGACAAAAAUGAAUUCACCUUGAAAGAUGCAACCAUUGUUGGAAGGGAUCAGGUUGUGUCAGAUAUAAUUACAACCUUGACCAACUCCAACAAUCAAGAAAAUAUUCUUUCGGUGAUGGCCAUUGUGGGAUUGGGAGGCCUAGGUAAAACUACUUUGGCUCGCUCAGUUACCAAGCAACUGAAAGAAGGUGAAAUGAAAAGGUACUUUGAUGCAACAUUAUGGUUGUAUGUAUCUAAUACUUUUGAUGUCAAUUCAAUUUUACAUCGAAUGCUAGAAUCAUAUGACGACGUGACUGGAGCAAAUCUUUCAAGUCUGGAAGCAUUGAUUGGAAGCCUCCAGCAGAAGUUGAAAGAGAGAUGGUAUUUUCUUGUACUUGAUGACGUUUGGAAUGAGGAUGCUAAUAAUUGGGUUGAUUUGAAGCGUUGUCUAUUGCAACUAAAUUCUGCUAAAGGAAGCUCUGUGAUUGUCACCACCCGUAGUGCCAAGGUUGCAUCAAUCAUGGAAACACUUCCUAGGUGCGAUCUAGAGACUCUAUCGGAUGAUGAAUGUUGGUCCAUAAUAAAGGAUAGAGCAUUUACAGAUCCUAAUGCUCCGAUUCCUUCGGAUCUAGAGGGAAUCGGAAGGGACAUUGCCAAAAAGUGUGCUGGUCAUCCAUUGGCGGCAAAGGUUUUGGGAAGCUUGAUGCAUUCUAAGAACGGUAGCAAUGAAUGGUUGUCAAUUCUGCAAAGUAAAAUAUGGCAGGUAUCAUCAGACAAAGAGGAUAGGAGGAUCAUGUCGGUUCUGGGGUUGAGUUUUGACAAUUUGGAAUCACCAUUGAAACAAUGUUUUGCAUAUUGCUCCAUGCUCGAGAGAGGUUCCUCAAUUGAAAGAGAUAACUUGAUCCAACUAUGGAUGGCUCAAGGUUUUCUCCAUCCUUCUCAUGGUCACCAAACCGAGCAAGAGAUUGAAAUGGAGGAUAUAGGCAAUAAGUAUUUUGAGACUCUACUAGAGAACUCCUUGUUUCAAGAUGCUACAGAGGAUGAGGAUGACUAUGGUGUUAUCAUCACCCGAUGCAAGAUGCAUGAUCUUGCAAACGAAGUAUCCAAGUGUGAGAGCUGGACAUCAGACUUCAAUCAUGAGAUGGAAGAUCAUGAGAUUCGACAUGUUGCACGGGUUCCUACUGCAAUACUAGAAAAGAUGCCAAACUCAAGUAUAUCAAGACUGCGCUCAUUCUUUUCAAAUAUCGGGGAGGUCUCUAAUACCAUUUUUCCAAAAUUUAGAGCUUUACGUGUCUUAAGUUUUUGUGAGACUGAGAAUCAGGAGUUGCCAUAUUCAUUUAGCAAGCUGAAGCACUUGAGAUAUCUAGAUCUUUCUGAUGCAAAAAUCAAAGCACUCCCAGAGUCUAUUGGCAAGCUCUAUAACCUCCAAACAUUGAGAUUACCUUGGAAUCUUAAAAAGUGUCCGAAGGUGAUUCAAAAUUUGAUCAACUUGAGGCAUUUUUACUUUGGUGAGGAAAUGAAAUUUGAGGCUGGGAUUUUGGGGCGAUUAACUAAUCUCCGAAGAUUGCCUUUCUUUAAUGUGGGUGAGGAGAGAGGUCCUGCAAUUAAGGAGUUGGGUGGGUUGAACCAAUUGAGAGGCCACUUGAUUAUUAUUGGGCUAGAACAUGUAAGGGAUGGAGAAGAAGCAAAGAAGGCUCGCUUGGUACACAAGAGUCACUUAAGUCGGUUAACAUUUGCAUGGACAGACAAUGAGGUACCUAAUGAAAACCAGACGGAGGUACUAGAUGGCUUGGAACCUCAUGGUAACUUGCAAAGCUUGAACAUUUACGGUUUCAUGGGUGCUAGAUUUCCGUCAUGGAUAUCAGCUGAAGGAGGAGAGGUCGUGAAGCUAUUCCCUUGCCUCGAAGAGUUGAGCAUAGACAAUUGUCACAACCUAGAGUCGAUUCGGAUCACACAGGGCAUCGCAUCUCUCCGGAAAUUGAAUAUUGAAAGGCAUCACAUCUCUCCGAGAAUUGAAGAUUGA